GCCACGGAGAGGGGGCGGAGCUUCGCUACUCGUCAACACUCGCUGCUGCCUGCGGACUGUUGUUGUUCCGCUCGAUGCUAACGGCUAACGGCUAACCGCCUGUCAAGAUGUCGUCAAACCGGCACACGCAGCGACGCUCGCGCUGCUAACCUCUCGCCUUGUUCCGGCAGUCCGUUAGCUCGGGUUAGCGCUGAUUAACCCGGGUUAGCUGUCCCUCUCCGGGUUUUAACCACCCGGUGUCAUCGAUGCUAACCGCUUAGCACUGUUAGCAUGUCCCAGUGUUAUCAAUGCUAGCCUCCUUGGCUGGUUAGCAUUUAGCUCCCCGUUCUGUUGUCCCGUUAGCUACCCUGUUAGCUCUGUGUUGUAACAUUAACACUUACCCGGGACAUUCCCGUGAUAAUGUGCGGCCGUGUGCAGACAGCAGAGGUUGUUAGUGUCGGGACAUGUUGUUCUCCGGAGCUAACAGCUGCUAGCAGCUAACGUUAGCUAUUAGUUAGCUCAUGUCUUUGUUUGGAAUCGUUAGCUCGGGCUGUUAGCAUAGCUAGCCGGUAGAUUAGACUAGACUUGUAACCGAAGCUAACGCAGUGUGUAUUUCUGCGAGCUGUCAGCUGUUUACAGUGUUUUAUUAGAUGUUUGUGGCUGACAUGCAGCGGUCAGCUCCUCCAGCUGUUUAGUCACCUUCAUCAUCAUCAUCAUCAUCAUCCGGGUCAUUAUGGCCCUGCGAGCCGCAGGCUACCUGCUCAUCCUCUCAGGAUGCAUUGCUGCGUCUCAGAGCAACGACAACGUCUACGUGUCGGGGAUUUCUAACGCGUGUGGAGAGGUAGCAGAGUUGUUGAGAGCUUCCAGCGGGGUGAUCACCAGCCCCGGUUGGCCCUUCCAGUACCCGGCCAGACUCAACUGUAGCUGGAACAUCAGGGCCCGGCCCGGAGACGCCAUCACACUCAGUUUCCAGGACUUUGACCUGCAGGGCUCCCACCGGUGCUCAGCAGACUGGAUGUCAGUGAGCAGCUACCGGAGCCUGGAUGGUCUGAGGGUCUGUGGCUCCUCCCUGCCGCCCCCCUACAUCUCGUCCCAGGACCACGUCUGGAUCCACUUCCACUCCGACGACAGCCUGACGGGCAAGGGCUUCCGCCUGUCCUACGUCACCGGGAAGCCAGAGGCGUCAGGCUGUGACGUGGACCAGUUCCACUGCUCUAACGGGAAGUGCAUCCCAGACUGGUGGCGCUGUAACUCCAUGGACGAGUGUGGAGACAACUCUGACGAGGAUCUUUGUGUGGAGUCCCCGUUCUCCUUCCAGCCCUGCAGCCUGAACCAGUUCCCCUGCCUGUCCCGCUACACCCGCAUCUACACCUGCCUGCCGCACAGCCUGCGCUGCGACGGCAGCAUCGACUGCCAGGACCUGGGGGAUGAGAUCGACUGUGACGUUCCCACCUGUGGAGAACGUCUGAGGAACUUCUACGGCUCCUUCAGCUCUCCCAACUACCCCGACUUCUACCCUCCAGGAAGUAACUGCACCUGGCUGAUCGACACCGGGGACCACCGCAAGGUGAUCCUGAGGUUCUCAGACUUCAAGCUGGAUGGGACCGGGUACGGGGACUUCGUGAAGGUCUACGAUGGUCUGGAGGAGAACCCUCGCCGCCUGCUCAGGGUCCUCACCGCGUUCGACUCCCGCGCGCCCGUCGCCGUGGUUUCAUCGUCCGGGCAACUACGAAUCCACUUCUACGCCGACAAGAUCAACGCCGCCAGAGGCUUCAACGUCACCUACCAGGUGGACGGGUUCUGCCUGCCGUGGGAGGUUCCCUGCGGGGGGAACUGGGGCUGUUACACGGAGCAGCAGCGCUGUGACGGGUACUGGCACUGUCCCAACGGCCGGGACGAGCUCAACUGUUCUUCGUGCCAGGAGGACGAGUUCCCCUGUUCCAGGAACGGAGCGUGUUACCCUCGAUCGGACCGGUGCAACUACCAGAACCGCUGCCCCAACGGGUCUGAUGAGAAGAACUGCUUCUUCUGCCAGCCGGGAAACUUCCACUGCAAGAAUAACCGCUGUGUGUUUGAGUCGUGGGUGUGCGAUGCGCAGGACGACUGCGGCGACGGCAGCGAUGAGGAGAGUUGUCCCGUCAUCGUUCCCACCCGAGUCAUCACAGCGGCCGUCAUCGGCAGCCUCAUCUGUGGCCUCCUAUUGGUCAUCGCUCUGGGCUGCACCUGCAAGCUCUACUCGCUACGCAUGUUCGAACGCAGGUCCUUUGAGACCCAGCUGUCCAGAGUGGAGGCGGAGCUGCUGCGGAGGGAAGCCCCGCCCUCUUAUGGUCAGCUGAUCGCCCAGGGACUGAUCCCGCCAGUGGAGGACUUCCCCGUGUGCUCCGGGAGCCAGGCGUCUGUCCUGGAGAACCUGUCUGUCUCUACAGUCACCUGUCUGUCUCUCUGUCCCCAGGCGCCUCUGUCCUGGAGAACCUGUCUGUCUCUACAGUCACCUUGUGUACUAGUGUGUGACCUGAGGGGCGAGACUGCCCCCGCCUGUUUCAGCCCUGAGGAGGUGUGCCCAGAACCUGCAGUUUACCGCCAGGAACCUCUAGCCAAUCAGAACCAGCCGGACCCGGGCUGGACCAAUCACAGCCCGCUGCGGCAGCUGACCAAUCACAGCCCUCUGCUGGAGACAGGAAGGGGCGGGGCCGGAGGAGGAGAAGAAGAAGAAGAAGACGUGGAGCUGCUGGUCCCGGACUCUGAUGCUUUCGACGAACUAGUGCUGGAGACCUGGCCCCCCCCUGUUUGGGGCCCCCCCACCGUCUCCGUGGACCUGGCUGGUUUGCCUGUUUGCGGUGUGAACUAG